GCCACUACCUCCGCCGGUUCUUCCGGCACGACUGAACCAUUCGUCACUCCUUCUCAUAUGGCCCAUCUCUUCUCUCGCGUACCCAACGGGGAGAUACUUGAGAAGAGACUUUCCCCUCUGGCUACUGCCACCUCCAUGGAAAAGGUUGGAUCUAGUGCGUUGGUAACACAUGAUGCUAGACUUUCGGAUCCUCGGAUCUUGUAUGACUUCUUCCUUCAUCAAGCUUUCCAGAUCCCACCGAUUAAGGUUCAUUGCAUCGGCGCGCAUACCGAGAUUGCGGAUCGGGAUGAGUAUGUGACCAACGAUGGCAACCCCAGACAAAGGAAGAAAGGAGAGCCGGAUAGGAUUAUCGAUUUCGAUUUUUGGAUUAACCUGACCUCCGCGAUCAAGCACGAAAACAACCACUACAAUAUACAAAUGCCCAAUGUCCGUCCCCACGUUCCUGUGCAUCGUGGGACUUAUAAUCCUUCCUAUGCUGCUCUAUUUGCACCCAAACCCCGUAGCCCGGGUCACGAGUAUGCCUCUUUAAAUAUCUCAUCUUUCACCGACGUAGGGCGUUCGGUCACUUCGUCCGAGCGAGCUUUAUGGACCCAGUGGGCAGUGUUUCGAAUGCUCAAGGGUCUCCCCUCAUUCGCUAAUAUGUGGGAACACUCUGAAUUCUGGGACAAGCACAAAGAUACCCCGGCAGGUCAGAAUCUCGUCUCCUUGCGUGAGCGAUUCGAGGCCGAAACGGACCCUGAUUUGAUCAAAGAAGCCUACGAACAUCGGGCUCUAAAAGAUUGGUGCGAGGCCUAUUGCGCAGAUCCCGGCAUACUGAAGGAGUUUCAAAUGGUCAAGGGUAUAUGGGGUUGGGAUUUCGAAGGUCUUGGCACUGCAAUCAAGACUGCCAUACAAUCGACCGGGUAUCAGUCGAAUGAUCUACGUGUCGAGUUUGAGACGGAGGGUAAUGUCAUCAUUGUCCGUCCAGACAACGUUCUGAGUAAAGCUCUCGACAAAUUUUGGGUAUUCGUCUUAUGCUGGGCUUUCAUGAUUUACCCUUUCAUACUGUUAUUCAAACGUCUCCAUCCUCGUGGUGGAGCUAAGUGGGGUCCUACUUCCAUUCAGUAUUCUAUGAAAUGUUACCCUCCUUUACCCUCAACCUUCCCCAACGAAUCCCUCGAGGCCGCUCAACGUCGUCUCCCCGAGAUACUCAAGGAACAUCCAGAGGUUCCGCGUUUCGCAGUCCUUCGUCCGGGUCCUCAAGGUAUCCACUAUUUGCUUGGUAGGAAAGAGGGAGAAUGGUUCCGCGAGUGGGAGGAUAGGAUUCGUACUGCCACUAGACUGAGAUACAAAGGACAGUUGGAAGGAAAUCCGGACGUCGAAGGUCCACCUCCUGAACUAGACGGUUAUUGAGUGUUCAGAGUUUUAUCUUGUACGUCUUUCGUGUAUUUGGUUGUCAUGCAAACUUGUCGGCUC